ACAACACCUGCAAUUAUUUAUUCUUUAAGCCUUAUAAAUUCACGGUAUUUUAAACGAACUUCAACAACCUUCCAUGAAACUGCGAAGUUUUUGGUUUUUCGCUCAAAACCGUGACGAAGGUGCGCGCGUGCUUUGCAGAUCCAGUGCUUGCACCUAUUAUUCUUCUUCAGUGCUUGUGCGUUGCGUUAUUUAAACGCGUGUUCAAAGAGUGUUUUACUCUGAGAUUUCGUUGUUAAGCGGCCGGACGUACGAAACGAGGUUUUAAUCAUUGAUGGUUGUGAAGUGGUAGUGCUUUGAGUGUGAUUUAAAAAAAUAAUUAUCACCUAAAAUCGUGCUUUGGAGUAUUUGGAGCCCAAUAGUUACAUCAUGACAGACCGGACACCACUGAAAACAGCGUGAUGCUGGGAGGCGGUGCGAGUGUGUUCCUUGCGGUGACCCUGGCAAUAUUUGGGGCGUUGAAAACGGAGAUAUCCGGAGAGCCGAUCUGCCAGCCGGGGUUGAAUUAUUGGGAACCAAAAACCGGGCGUUGUUUACCCUGCACAAAAUGUGCUCCAGAGGUCACGUUGCAACCGUGCGCGGUACACCAGGAUGCUCUGUGCGGUCCACUGCGUGCUUUAAAGCUAGAUUGGUCCUGGUUGCCGUCGAGGGAGAGUCAAGAAGUGAACGGGGAAGUCGGUGCAGCAGGUGCAGCCAAAAUGAUUUGGAGGUUUCCAGAAGUCAGUACAGGAAGGCGAGAUGACGCUGGAAGAAGAUCGGCAUCCACACCUUUCCGGUCCAGCCACGGCCGACCAGAAGAAGAGGUCCCGAUCGACGAGGAUGAAGUCGUCGAAGAGACCGUGCAAGAGGAGAGUUUCGAGAGCAGAGAAGACUCGCGUGAACAGAGAGUUUAUUCUCCUCAUGAAAGGAGAAAGGCAAAAGACGACGCCGAGAUCCCAUGGGACUGGCAGACUGGUGCCCUGGUCUUGGCAGUCUGUGCUUGCGUUGUAUUCUUCCUCGUAGCCGGUUGCUCCGCACUCGUCUACGCGAGGCAGUGGCGACGUAUGAAGAGAAACUUCGAGCCAGCGGGUCUGGAGGAAAUCUCGGCGAGAUUGAAUCUGAUGGUGAAAGCCGAACUGGCCGAAUUAACUGCGGGAGCACCUAUGAGCCCCGGUGAUCCUGAAACCAGGUGCCAAUACUUGGAAAAACUUCUUGACCGGAAGCGGGAAACGCCGGUCGUAGCUGGGUGGCGCGAUCACGAUGAAGGAGGCAGGGGAAACCUCUACAUCGAGGAAACACCCGGAGGACCUAGCGGGGGUCGAGAGACGGGAAGGAUGACAUCCACACCGCGUACUAGAAGGGCGCAAAUAGCGCAGAUACAUCGUAACAUCGAGAGUAUCCUAAGCCACAAAGCUAAUCGCUCCUAAAUGAAGAAUUCUACUAUUAAAAUACCAAUGGUAUUAGGAAUUACAAUGAAUUGAUAAAAAUACAGACUCAACUGCUGCUGCUGAGAGGUCGCGAGCUUUGAAACGUUGCGUGUAAACGUAUGCACGGGUAUAUGUCAACGUUCCAUACGAAGUUGAGCGAAUUCAAAAUUUACCGCUGACGCAGUCUGUUUCGAUACCAAAAUUAACAAAAUGUACAAUUGACCGGAUUUUAUCCAGCGACAAAUCGCGUGGUUGGAAUAAGAAAAUAAAAUAUAAUGAAUCAAAAAAAUAAAUAAUGAUGCGAUACGAAAGGUUCAAUUUUACUAAGAUUACGCAAUAUAUUUUUUCGAUUGAACAUUUAUUUAUUUCAAGGAUCGUUCUUUUUUUAUCAUUACUAUUAUUGUUAGUUUAAUUUAUUUUUAAUUUCUUAUACCAAUAUAUAGUGAUCGCGGUACGAAAAUGCUCAAAUUUCGUUUUCUACAGCGAAAUUAUGUAACGCAAAAAAUUGUGCCGCGCGCAAAAUUGGCGUACCGACUAUAAAUAUAGGCUUGAGAAUGACGAAGUUUGUUCUCAAAUUAAUUAGAACUCAAAACACGAUCACGAGAUGAGUAAUAGUUUUAUGUAUAUUGUAUACGAGCAUCGUCGACGAAGCGAGUAUGUUUUAUUUGAAAUUAAAGAAUUCAGAGCAGUUAGCAAACUCUCAUUGAUUAGAGUAAGGGAGACGUCUGAGGCAGAACGGGGAAGCUAACGAACAAGAAGAGUUAUCGUGAUUUCGACAUCACACCAUAGAUAUAUUGAAUAUAUCUAUGAUUACUUUGUUUGUCUGUUGCUUUGACCAAUUAAUCCAGGCUCGUAACAACAGUGGGCUGUCCGAUAGAAAUGAUAUUAUUUUUCCCCCCGAGGGCAGAAUGGAGCACCUGAACAAAUUUUUUGAAAUUAACGAAAUGAUAGCACGUAAUCAGAGAAAAAACCGGGUAGAACGGAGCCCUGGCUGCCCUAUGCUGCCCCAAUGGAUAGGCUUUUUCAAUUCUUGGAUUACCCCAUUUUGUCCCGUAUACCCCGUUCCCCCCGGGUCCCUCCUACCUAUACUCAUAGAACUCACUAUUUAUUUGAUAGUUUUAAAACAUCAUGUAAUAUAAACGCUCUGUAUCAUUAACGAAUAAAAUAAUGACAAAAAUCAA